UGAAAAUGUAACACAUUAUCUUGAAGGACAUUAUGGGUGACAACUAGAAUAAUCAAGAAUCACCAUGUCAGUCUCUUCUCCUCUUGGAGGGGACGCCGGACCCCUCACAGACUACGCUCUGGCGAAGCAGCGGCUUGCUGAGAGGAGCCGCGAACUGACACAGCAGCAGCCUCAAGCGCCCCUGAUGCAGCCGCAACCUGCGGCUGUUGUAGCACCAGAAAUUUAUGCCUCUGUAGUUUUUUUUUGUUUCAAUCUCUGUUUCUCGUAACAAAAACUAGUACGUAGGUAGUUGCAAUCUACUAUCAGAGACUGUUGUGAUGUUGAAUUUUUACUAAAGCAACAACAUCUGCAGGAAGAAGUGAGAUUGAGAAGACAAGAUCGCCCUCGAAUAGCUGCCACCGGGAGACCCACUCGAGUCGAUCGAAGCGUUGCUAGCGCAAAGCGAGCGCUUGAUGACGCAAACAAUGGCAAUACCAGGUCGUGGAGCUUACACCACAUCGAAGCGCGCCUAUCACCAACUAAGAACAGUAGCCGUUAACGAUGCAACUGCGGAAGAUUACGUUAACUCGCCUGGAGGUGGAGCAGUGGUUGGGAAGAGUCGUCUUCCGGUAGCCGGUGUUAAUGGAGGAGGUGCUCCUGUGACUACUCAGUAUCCUGGAGCACAUGUACAACAAGGGCAGAUGUUGACAGCAUCCUCAUCAGGUGUUUUGAACCAUGGCGCGGCGACAUGUUGUUCGAGUGCACCUCUGCCACACUCAUCGACGGGUUCUCUGGUUGUUAAUCACGUAGCAAGCGGUGGAGGUGCGGCGACAUCAAGUACUGCGACGAGUAACACUUCUUAUGGCAUUCCAGCAGCGUCUUUGUCAAGCACAAUGUCAGGAGGACAACUCCUCGGUGCACCUCCAGGGGGCGGUCUUCACCUAUCUUCCUCCAGCAUAUCUGCAACGGCAGCACCAGGAGCACUCGCUUCUUCCAGAAAUCAUGCUCGGCUAAUGAUCCAGCCGCCAUCGACACGUCCACUAAUGGGGUCGACGCCUCCUAAACUGACGACGCCAGGGAUGUCUUUGUCCACGACGAUGCCAAUUGUUACAGCGAAAUUAUCUCCGAAAAUAGAACACAGAGGACAGAUAGCGGCGCCAUCUACAGCAGCUUCUACUGGCUCGCAGAUAAUGGCUUCUGGUGCAGGCGGUUUCAAUCUUCCUGCUAGUGUUGCUGCUGCUAUGGCGACAACUAAUACCGCAAUGGGAGGUAUGACUAGAACAACGAGUGGCGCGAUUGCCGGUAUUGAUGCAGUGGGCGCAAUUCCAGAUGAGUAUGGAGUUGAUGAAUCCAUGGCAGUGUCGAGCAAUUUGCACGUGCCACUGUUAGCCGCGUCCUGCGUGCAGAGCAGUGAGGAAGAACCGGUAAUUUUUGCAUACUGGUCAUGGAUGCGAUCGUCCCAUCAUAUAAUUUUCAAUAAAAUGUAUCAUGAUGAUCCCUCUCUCUGUAAAUUUUCCUGCAUAGGAUCAUGCUUCCUAAGUACUUUUGCAGCAGGUAACCGCAUCCUCCAGCAUGCCUGGAAGUGACGGGGAACCUCAUCAAGCAUCUGGAAUCGUUCCAGAGGGUGCCAUUUACAGAAGUGGUUUCACACCUGCGCUAGAGAGUGUGCCAGAAGAGAAAAGCAAUGUUGGAUCCCCGGUAAAGCAGACAGAUCAGGCUCACGCCACGACAGGUCGUCGCAUCGUUGCAACAUCCUCAUCUUUUGUGGAGCAACAACCACAAGACCCUGGCAUCACUGCGGCAGAGCAACAACAGCACAUAGUCCAGACGUAUGCAGGUGCAAAGAUAGUACCGCAGGAUAUGCUUUCGCCCGUUGAAGAAUGCGCAGGUGAGAAGGGCUUCAGCGCUGGUGUGCCGGAAGAGGCGGUAGUACAGGCGCAGCAGGAGGACCCUGAAGUACCGCUACCACAGGCACAGGCGGCACAGAUGAAUCUGCCCCCCGUUCGCGGCGCAGCCGGAUCUUACGCAGGGAACAAGAGCAGCAGUUCAUCGUCCAAGCGAGCACAGUCGCAGAGUAGAGACCACGUUGACAGUGAGGAGGACGGCCCUUCAGCUGUACCACAUACGGGAGCAUCGUCAAGGCCACGUCUGAAAAGGAAAGCCCCGACUGAUACCCGACCACCUCUUCGAACUGGAUCUGCACCUGGAGCAGGAGAUUCGCGAACAUCGCAACCUCCAUCAAAAGGAGCAGUGAGUUCGUCCUCGAGUGGAGGUACAACUAGAGGUGGAAACAGCAAUUCGUACAGUACUGCGUACAGUCGAAGAAAAGCUGCAGCAGCUAGUGGGGGUGGACAUCACAGCACGACGUCGGAUAACCACCAGAAAGAAGCAGCUACAUCAAGUUGUGCACCAGGACCAGCAAGUGAGCACGCAGGCAGUGCGAGUGAGGAUGACGUUUUCACCCUAGCGGAACGAGUCCGGCAACAACGUGGAGAAGAGCAAAGGCCUUUAUUCCAUUUCAUGGCAAUGAGUGAGUUAUUCUCUGACGCCAAUCCAAAUGCUAGACGUACGAAGUUGAUGAGUGGUAGGGACGCAAGGGUAACAAAGAUGUGGCUUGAAGCGGGCUUGAUGCAUCCUAAACUCCGCGAGUUGAAUGAAGCAGCAGCUAGAACGGGGAUGGAUAAUGUCUCCAAAUUGCAAACUUUGCUAGAAAUGACAGAUACCUUUUGGUUCGGGUCAUAUGAAGCUCCGAUAGAACACGAGGUGGAGGAAGAGGAGUUAAGAUAGCUGGACAUGAUGUUUUUCAGUGAGUGUCAGUUUUCAACCUGACAUUCAAGAAGAUUCGCAACUGCGCUUUGUUAAGAGUGCUCUAGUCAGUGUAACGGCAGAAACUCCUACCUCUAAGUGAGCGCAACGGUGUUGCCCCGUCCGGCGAGAAGCCAGUCAUCUAUUAUGCGGCCGGCCUUUAUGUUGCGGAACAGUUGAAGCAUCUAGCACACAUUGAGGAUGGUAAUGAGAAAGCAACCGGCAUUAUUCUGCAUUUUGUGCUGAAUGAAAGUGCCGAAAAGUUUCGCGUCAACAAUGCCAAGACCUGGCUAGAAAACACGCUGGCUUUGCAUCUUCAGCAGACUGAGACGCAUAGUGCUCAGCAGACUCAAGAGGGGCAAAUCCCUGGGCAACAGCAGCAACAGGUACUAGAGGAUGGCGGAUAUGGUAGAAUUGGUAUCGAUGAAGAGAUGGAUCAUGAUGCAUCAAUGCAGCAAGGGCAGCCACGCAUGCGCCGGAAUGAACAUGAUGCUCAAAUAGAGCAUGGCUUCACUCCUGCCACCACAAGUAGUAGAGCACCGUUAGCAGAACGCCCUGUGCUGCUUUCCUCUGCUGAUAAUUCCGCAUGUAGCGCAUCAGAAGAUGUUGUGAGUGCAGCCGCGCUUCCUUCACAACAACAUCAACAUGAAAAUGCUGGUAGUACAAUAAUACGACCACCUGCACCAGCACUUCAUACGGCUGCAUCAAGUGGAGGUGCCUUUCUGAGUGCGGUUAGUGCAUCGACGUUUGAGCAGGAUCCACAGCAGGCUGCUAGAGACGAAGAUAUCCUAGCCGAACUAGCGGAAGCAGCUACACAGCAGGAUCAUGGUGUUUUCAGUACUAGUGAGGAGGAAAGAGAUUCCUUGUUUCUGUCAUUGCAGGAGGCCAAUGGUGACAACAACGGGAAGAACAAUGAGCCAUUAUCGUCUACAACUUCGGGAGAACAAGUUGUAGGGCGGAAAAUAACGGACCACCAACCAGGCCGUCCUCUGCUCUGCGAUCCUAUUGUGAAGACGCUCCCGAGCGAUCAUGGAAGCAGAGGGGAAGAAAACGACACUCCUGUGCCUGGAUUUGAGAAUGAGAAAACAGCAACAGGAACAGCCCAGCUCCAUUAUCCCGAACCGUCUACCUCUAGUGGCCUCCUGUUCAACAAGAACGCCGGCGCAAUGGCAAUGGCCCCUCCUCCUGUUAUCGGCCCCCCGCAGCCACAGCCUCCUCUACUUCAGCCGACAGGUGCAAUGAGCCAGGUCUUGCCCAUUCCGAAACCAGGGAGCAUUUCUACGGGAAACAUCGAGCCUGCGCCUGCACGUGACGUCGAGUUGAUCGAGAACAAUCAGGCGACGGGCGGCACGUGGAACAGAACAAUGGAUGGCUCGCAGAUGACAGCUACACGGGAAGCUCAACCUCCACUAUCGCCGUCUCAAGUUAAGACCACGAAAAGAGACAAGAUUUUCGUCAAGAAACUUGAAGAUGUCUAAUAUCUCUAUGUCUAUCAAGUAGAACUACUAGAAACAAGAGAAGCUAAAGCCUUCCAUCCUCUUCUAAUCCCUUUUCUUACCAACAGAAAAUUGAGCGCGCAAUGGGCGUGGCAUCUGGUGAGUCCCCGCUCAGGAAGGAUUCGUUUUUUGAGGAAGCGGCGAGACAAAAACUAUGGGUCUCUGAGAAGGAGUGGGAAAAUCACGGGUUUCCUGGGUACUUGUAUAUCGUGUUGAAACCACUAGGAGGUUGUCUAGUUUCAGGUUCCUUCAGCUUGAUCGUAUCAAUCUAUCAAGGUACAGGUCCAUUUUUUUUCAUACAUCAUGAUCAUCGAAGAAUAACAAUAACAGUCUUUCGCCCCGGCGUAGUAGAACCAAGUAUGAAAGCAUCUUCUACUACUAUCUUCAACGUCAAAACUCGAACAACAAGGUUCCCCGGCGACUGGCAUCCACGAGAUUUUUCAGAGUUGCGCAAUGUGCCAGACCGGGAAAGGAGUCCUGUUUUUGACGAGCGACGGAGUGCCGCGGAGGCGGAUUACUUGAAGCGAAUGGUUGUUGGUCGCAGAAAAAAACUCUUAGAAGAACACUGCUAUCGCCUAUCUCAUGGCGCUUUCGCCGUGAAACACAAGAGCGAUGCAGCAAUUAGCGAUAGCAUGGCAAAUGCUAUUCUCUGUAGUCCCAAGGUUCAGACAUCACAGACAGGACUAGAUGCUGGUAGUAGUUGGGUGCCGGAGGAUGGUAUUGCGUCGAGCAUUGCAGGAGGUCACCAGGAUCUGCAGGCAAGUGGGAUAAUGAAGCUGCCGAGUCCGGUAUGGACACACUUUAUUAGUCUAUGGCAGUCACAGUCGCAGUCAAGAACUAGAGACUCAACACAACGAAGUGAAUUCGUCUGACACGACCUUAUACAUGAUGAUCAUAGAGCUGGGAGGAGAGGGAACAAUGAAAUCAAAACAUCAUCAAAUUAAAAAUACAUUUCAGGCAAAGCCCGAGGACUGGGCGUCUGUCGACGAAGUCGUUGUUCGUGGUAUGAUGGCACGCGGCCAUUCGUCUGGGUCUACCCCAACGCGCACAAUCAAUGAACGAGGAUCCGGCGGACGGCUACCUAACACCACCUCCGACGCCGCCUGUUCUCCAAGAACGAAAGCCCUCGCUGCCCAGCGCGCAGCCUCUUGCCGUGGGGAGUCUCCAGGUCCAGAUGGAGCACAGCUUGGUCUUGGAAGUAGCCAAUAUUCAUCUUCACCGUUCCAGCAGCCGAAUAGUUUGCAUUCGAUGUCGCAGCAACAACAGACAGGAGGACCAGGAAGUAGUCCAGGGAUGCUAGCGCGAAAAUUAGGUAUGGGCAGUUAUGAACAGGCGAAGCCGGCUCGCGCAUUAGUGACUGGUGGUGGCGCAGCGCCGCCUUUCUGUAUUGACGCAACAACUACUGCCACUACAGGGACAGGGGGAGGUUCUGCCAGUGUCAGCAAUCAAAAUCAUGCAGCAUUGCGGCCACCGCGUGCGCCACCUUCCUCGGGUGCGUCGAGUGCUAGGGCACGAGGACCUCCGAACUGUGGACAGCCUCUGGCGAGUAGUAAGAGUCGAGCACGAAGUAGUUCUGCUCGUGGUGCAAAAGAUCGCGCUGCAGGUCAGGGACAGUUGUUAAGACCAUGAGCAUGAUGGCAAUUGGCAAAAUAGGUAUUAACCUUACCAACAUAGCAUGCAUUCCAUUUCCAUGUUCUCCAGCGUCUAGUAUUAAUCAACUUAAAUCAUAAUCAACUACAUGUUGUUGUUUCUUCUUCUAAAUUCAGCCGUAUCAUCCAGUCAAUCGAGUAGUUCUAGUAGUCGCGGUACAAAUCCGACUUUAAACGUCGUGCAUCGUGUAGAAGUGAAUGCCGCAUCACCUUCCGGAAGUGCUUCGUCAUCAGCAACCCAGCGUCCUCGUACAGCAGUGCAGCAAUCCUCCUCAGCCACCGACUUGAGAGCAGGGUCCGUUGGAAGAACAGGGGAAGCACGGACUGGCAGUCAACAUCGAUCUAGUAGCGCCAGCGGUGGAGACAAAAUCAAAAUGCUUCCACCAAAUGGGAAUCAUCGGGGAACGAAUACAACAACGAUGAACAUGAGUCCUAGACUUCUAAAGAACGGUAGUACAACCAGACGUGGCGCCUCAGUUUCUGCACCUUCGUCAUCCAGCAAAACAGGCCAGGGGAAUGCUGGAACGCGAGGCGCUUCCGCAACGAGGGCCCAAGAGCAAGCAUCUUCUUCGCAGUAUGCAAAUGUGAUGGCGCCACGACGGAUUUUACCACCAGGAGGAGGAGGAGGAAAUAGUACUAUGACAUCGAGCUCAUCGAGUACAGGCAAACACCGUCAACCGCAAUUAGAGGAGCUCUGGAGUAAGGAUAGUCUAGAUGACAGUGGCGCGAUCGCGCUCUCAGCUGAUAUGGUUUCGCCAAAAGCAUCUCCGUCUCGUCAAAUAAAUCGAGCACUUCAAACAGGGAACAUCGUUGGAGGAGGUGGGAGUAAGAAUCUUGUAGCGCAAGCCUUUCGACAACGGGCUGCGUCGCCGUCGGUAGGUGGUGUGCGUGGAGGUGCAAGUGUGCGGCAAUUGUCGGCGAGAUUACGGCAAGAAUUUGAUUACUUAGUAUCUUUUUGUAUCUUUUCGGGUUUUCGUCGCAACAGUCCUUCCUUCUUGCAUCCUUUAGAGAAACAUCAACAUGAUAUCAUGUAGCACGCUAGCCUGAUAAUCUUCUACCUCUAGUACUUCUUCUACAUCUAGCUACUUCUCCGCAUCUACUUCUGCGCAUCUUUCUAAUGACCACCCGAACAAGAGAAGGCUCUCAAACUAGGCGAAGUGUGAGUCCGAGCGUCGCGGCUGAUAUUGAGCAGUUAAGAGGAAUGGAGCACAUCAUCCAACAGUCUCAGAACUUGAGGAGUCGCAUUCUAGAUGUAACGCGCGAGUCGCAACGUGUGAAAGAACAGAGUCGAGUGGUUGGCGCAAUAUCGCCUUCCGCUUCUGCUGUUUCGAGCAAGCAAGGAGUACUAACGCGAGGAGGUCUAGUAGUACAACAGGGUGGAUCUUCUUUUCAUGGGUCGUUUGACAUGACAAAUUCGACAAAAAAUGAGCAGGAAAGUUCUCGAGGACAAGGAGGUCCUCAGAAGAACAUGAAGAGAGGCUCGCCCUCGGGAGGAUCUUCAUCUUCUUCGAGUUGUAGAAAUCUGAAUCCUGCUGUAAUGCGUGCAUGCUCACCCUCUAUUCGGGAACGCGCGGCAGCCGUAGAAUCCUCAUCAGCGGCACUAGCAGCAGCGCAUGUCCAACUCAGCGAUAGGUAUUUUGAAGAGAACCUGCAAAGAUUAAAAAACGGUGGAGCCUCUGCGAUGUUGAACAACAGUUGUGAGCGGACUCACAACAAUAUGCAUGGUUCAGGGUCUUCUAGUACUUCUGAACAAUUUAUUGCGCAACAGCAGGAUCAUGAUGUUGGUGCUGGAUCAUCUUGUUCAGUAGUUCGUUCCGACGCGGCCCUUUCCACAAGGACUCGAGCCGGAGCAGGAGGAAAAUUGUCAACAAGUAGUAGCUCCUCUGAGCGUGUAUCGUCUACAACCGGCAGUAGGAUUAGACACAGAAGUAGUAGAGGAGGUGAGCAACGUUCUCUUCGUCUGAACAACAAUGCGUCUAGCAUUACCGAAGAGCAAGAAAUCGAGGAGGGCGCUGUGUUGGAGGCUACCGAAGAUGUCUGGUCCCAGCUAGAAGGUGUGCGUGCUGAGUUGGAACGAGCUAGACCUAAGACAUUGGUGAAGCGCGGAAGUGAGCCAACAGCGACGACUGGAGCUGGAGGACACAUCCUUUUACAAGACCAAGCUAAGUCUUUUUAUCCAGAGCAACGGACUCAUCUUGAGGAGCGCUCGCAGAGCAGUAAUAUGACUGGUAAUUCAUACAUGAUUGCGGGAGGUGGAAAUAGAGUGCUCGAAGUAGAAACUGCACAGGGACACCAAGCAUCGUCGAGGAAACCUCCAGGAGAAAGUGUGGUUCCGUCAACCGCUGUUCCCGCUAACGCUAUUAGUAGUGGAAGUAGCAAACAGAGUACUAGAGUAGUACUGGAUUCUUCUGGAGCGGCUAGCGCUGGAGGAAGCAAAAGAAGCACGCAUUCGAAGCAAGAAACUUCUUUCUGUCCUCAAGAUAGAACAUCUUCUUCAGGGCAAGCUGGAGCGCAUCAUCACGGAGCAGCCCCGAUUCUUGUUCCACCAGUUGUCGCGCCAAAUCUUGCCGCGAUGAGCGCGCUCGAAGUUGAUCAGUUGCUAGCUGCAGGAAAAGCAAUGAUAUCCGAUCCGAUAAUCACAAGUCAACCGAACAAGUCGAAGUCUACGAAGUCUACUUCUUCUUCUGGUACCGUGUCUGACGGAACAAGUGCAACUGCAAGUACUGCUGUUGUCCUCACAACGAGCAACGCAACUCGAACAACCGCGAGAACAACUGCUGUUAGUGUGAGCAGCAAUGGCUCUAAUGUUGGUCUUCGAGGACAUGUCGGCGCUGCUCUUCCACCUAGUACUCUAAGUAGUAAAGGAACAACUUCUGAUGUCCCUCCAGAGCAGGAAAUAGCAGCACCGACAGCGACUUCGCGUAGGGUGAAGACUGAAAGUGCGACGCGAGCCAGCGUAGUUGGGUCUUACAUGGUGGGAACGCCUGAAGUCCCUGGUGCAGGUAUGUCCCAGAAGUCGAUAACAGCCACCUCUAGCCACGCUUCUGGGCCUGACAUCAAUCAGGUCUAUGGAAGCGAUUGGGUAGCGUCGAUGAAGAUGCUGACACCUGGAACUCCUGGAGUGGAGCUCAGCUCGAGUUUUCAUCCCCGCGCUGGUGCUGUAGGACAGACGAAAAAAGGUGAUGAGGCGGUUGAUGGGUGGUUUGGAUAGAGGAAUUAAGUCAAGAACGCUUGAGAAGACACAAGAAUUCAACAUUUCUGAGCGUGAUGAAAUUUUCCGAUUUUUUCACUUGAAGACAACAUAAAGGAUCACAAUGAUGAUCUUGAAUAUUUUUUUCUCAAUUUAUUGUUUUAGCAAAAAUAGCAGCACUGUGAUUAUUUUCUUGAUUCGUCCUCAAUCUGAGAUGAACAUUGUUAAUGUCGAUGAAUGAUACAGCUAGAGUUGGAGCUGCGGGUAGACGCAACGCACGCUGAUUUCCAACUGCUUACGCGAAUGCAAGUGAUGUUGGUGAAUAAACGCUGAUUAUAUACCGCAAAAAGUAUUGAAGAUACGUUAUUUUCCAAUCAAUUUCACAUUUGACUUUGACAGGAGUUUAUACUAGUAAGCUAAGCAUAAGAUGGACCAAGGGUCAUUGACGCCUGAGAUAAAAUACAAUCCAGUUGUUCCAACACGACAGUGUUGAGUUACUUUGAUAAGAUUCAUCUGAACGAAAUGCUUUGAUAGAAGAUAGGAUUGAGAUUGCGCAAGCUACUGCUACGAAGCUAAAAAAAGUAUCUGAAGAGAGAGAAACAACGAACGCUGAAAAAGAGCAUAUUGUUUUACAUCGGGUGACGCACAUACGAAAAUCAAAAUCUCGUUGGCUAAUACUUGAGUAUGUGUAUUCCAAGUUGUACAUGCUAAUUCAUUGGUGGUUGCUCAUAGCAGUUUGUCAUAGGUGUUCUUUUUUACUCAACAUAGUCAACAGACUUGUACACCAUAGAUAAAAACAGACCUUGUAAUUAGAGUAUUGUUUAAGCCAUCUUCUUCUUCACGCAUCAAUAUGAUUGGAUAAAUUUGGUAUCACAUGCAUAGCUCUUCAGUGGUAAGUUGUAUUGUACAUAGUAGCUAACACGCGCAUAUAGUCGGAGUACUUCACAGAAUCUUCAAUCUUUUGUCUCCCGGAUAUUGCUGGCCGGAGUUGGUGUCGACCUAUAAUUGCAGCUAGUAUCACGUAU